GGAGACCAAACGGGACGAAGAGAGCCGGAACACAGCCGGAAUACAGCAGGAAACUAUUGAUAACGGAGACAAAAAUCAGUCAUGCGGUAGCCGGCCAAGACGAAGGGGCGUGCCCGUAGAAAACAGCUGGCAGCGGCAAGAGGAAGCGGAGAAUGGUAUAGUGAGAGUGGGGGUAUGGUAUAUAACCUACGUCCACCGAAGCUAAUCGGUUAGUCUGCAAGAGAGCGCGGUAUGAGCAACAUCGAAUCACAGCCCUGAAGAUGGAACGUGCAAGUGUUCCAAAACGUUGGCGAACUAGUCAAGACAUCCGAGUGGGAGUAACCUCAAUUUAUGUAAAUAGUGUAUCAUAAUACCCCACUCAAGUUUCAAUAAUUUUUUAAAAAACUAAUUAUUAGUAGUUAAUAAAAAAAAACAUUCUGAUAACUAUUAUAACAACAAUAGGUCAUCGCUACUGUUUUAAUUUAACUUUAUAAUCUAUUCUUUGAGAAAUAAUUAUUAUUUCAUUGAUUGUGGCAUUAAAUUUGGUGAACAAAUAUCAAUCCCGCUACAUUAACAAAGCAUUCACGUGUCUAGUUAUAAUAAACGCAAAAACCAUUAUUAUUGAAAUACUUUUUUUUCAUCCAUGUAAACACAAGCAAAUGGAAUGGAAAAAUUAUUGCAAAAAUAUAUCAAUAAAUGGACUGUGCGUAGAGAGAAAAACACCACUAUGUCGUUGAAUAAUGGAAACAUUAAAAGACUUGGCAGAAGUUAAGCGGACACAGUUGAAUGAUUACCGAACGGACAGAAAAUAUUAUCAUAGUCAAGCACAAUGAAGAAAACGACAAGUGGUUGACCAUGACAAGGUAGCGAUGAUGAACGGGGAUCGCCCAGAUGACGAUGGCGGUGUCAGUGGCAGCAGCAGCAGCAGCAGCAGCGGUGACGGCGACACAGACUUCAGCCCCGCCGCUGUCAACUACAAGACAAGAAAGCGACCGGUAACCACGGUAUAUACCAUAACCGGUAACGGUACGGACCACGGUGGCGAUUCUUGUUCGUGCUGCGUACAUCAACCCGAGUCGGUGCGCCGCAGCCCCGUGGUCGGUAACCGCGCCGGUCAGCAGCUGAAGCCCAGGCCGCGGACAUGGACUUGUGGUACAGGGUUGUCGCGAAGCCGGACUUUUACCAGCAACUACGAACGAGCUAUAUCGUCGUUGUUGUGGCAGCCUUACGAAUGCCGAUCGUCGACCAAUUCGCUAAACGACGACGGCGACGUGGCCGUGUGGCUAAACGCAACCGGUCGGUACGAGCCACUGUCCAGCAGGUCAUCGCUCAGCUUGUCCACCAUACCCAGGUCGGAAGGUUCGUGCUCGUCGUCCGUGUGUCGUUUGCUCGACGACGGCGGCGGCUAUGACAGAGACAAGACGCCGUCGUCUUCGAUGCCUUGCUGGUGUUCGUCCGCGGCUGACCCAGAUACGGCGGCGGCGGCCGGACGAACGUCAACCGGUUACCGGGUACAGCCGCACGGAGCGCUGCCGCAGCACGGUUGCCGAGGAGCGGUCGCCGCGUGUCCGCCGCCGUCGAGAAGGACGCCGUCAAACGUAAAGCGUCCGUCGUCGGUGUCGGUGUGGCCGCGUGGUGUUUACAGUGUCGGUGCCGUUGGUGCUAGUGAUUGGUGUUGUGAUAACGUCGUUUGCGACGAACAGGACGACGACGACGUCGACGAAGACGAGGAUUACGACGAGCCCGUCGACCGCGAUGGUGUUGACCGAUCAGUGCGCGUCGUGAUGAAUAACCCGAGCGGCAAUAGCUUAGUAAUGCACGGCGGCGGCGUGGUCGUCGACACGACGGCGGUCGGCAGGCCGCCGUCGUCCGACGCCAAACCGUCGUCGCAUCCGGCCGCCGAGCGGACGUACGCGUCCACCGAGGCGCAGACGGACGAGACGGCGUGCUCGUCCGCGUACAGGGAACAGCGGCGGCGGGAACGACGGGAACGCCGGCAGCAGCAGCGGCGCGUCCACCCGCCGCCGCCACCGCCUCCGUUGCCACCGGUGUCCAUGGCCGUGCCCGUCGACCACCGUCCGGACAGGCUGCCCGAUCUGUUGCUCAACUCGCAUUUGCCGCCGCCGCUGUACACCACGGUGGGCGGCGGCUGCGACGUCGCGGCCCGGGCCAACCUGCAGGCCGCCCUGUUGCCCACUUUCCAGCAUCCCCAUCAUCUUCCGGCCGUUGCGCCGGGGCCCGUCGGUCCGGCCGUCAACACGCCCGGAGGAUUCCGCCUGCCGUUCGGAUUCAUUCCUACCAGGAGACGAAGGUCUCUGCACUAUUGCAGCGAAGAAGAUACGCCCAAGUCAUGCUGUGGCCUGUUGACGUUACCCGACGCCACCAGCACCGUAUCCAUCAGAUGGUUCAUAGGCAUAGUCUUUGUAGCUGGAAUUUGUUCGGCUCUAGUCGGGACGGUGUUGGGUGCGACCAGAGCAUCCGGCAGAGAACACCUCACCGUCGCUUUGCUCAUGAUAGGUGUAGGUGUCAUUCUGGUGGCCAUUAGCGGUAUAGCGUGGCGUUUGACGGCCGGCCACGAAGCGUCUUCGUGCGGUGCUGUUUUCGGUUUAGGUCGUUCGCUGGACGAUGCGACUGAGGCGAACAGGAGGUUUGUUCCUAGACUGCCGCCAUCCUAUGGACGUCCACAUCAUCCCUAUGCAGCCAUGAUAUACCCUGAAUUCGAAUACAGAGCGCCGCCGCCUUCGUACCAAGCGUCCAUGCAAGAGUAUCGGUUGAGGCUGUUGCUGUUGGACAGGCAGACCAGCAUGCCUCCGGUAACUGCCUCGCCGCCGCCGACUUACCGGUCGCAACCAGGCACUCUUAUAAGAGGUCAAAAUCCCUGUUGCCGCGACCCCGGCGACCUGUACCUGUACCAGCCGUCGGCACUGAUCAACCCGGCCGACUACAGCGGGCCUCCCAGCUACCGUUCCCGGACCAGCACCAUGCGACCCGGCUGCCACCUCAUUGAUCCCGUGGGAUCGACCAUGGGCAGUCACAACCACAGCCGGAACCCGUCGCAGCUGAGCAGUGCCAUGUCCGAAGCGGUGGGCGGCGGCGGUGGCGGCCUGGUGGCCGUGGACAACAAAGUGCCUGUGGUCGAGGACGGCGUCCGCGACAUUGUCGUGGUGGACGAGAAGCCGGAUCACCACGGUGGUUCCGUCACCAUCGUACAGACGUCGACAACGGGGCCGCCGUCGGUGACCCGCUGCAACCAGCAGCCGUCGUUGGCCAACAACGGUGGCACGGUGGUCGUGACCGUCUCGGGCGUGGCCAACGAUACGGCCGCCAACGUCCGGUGCCGUGAAACGGAAAUGGAAAUUUUGGCUCACUUAUGAUAAAAACAAAAAUCUUAUAAAAUUGUUUCUUACAUUUUAUAUUUAUUUACAUAAUAUUAUCAUAAUAUAGUUUAUAUACGGAUGUUAUCAUUCAUUUUUUCCUAUUAUAUAUCAUUUGUAAACCGCUUUGGAGCCACUUGGAAAACUAUUAUUUAAUAUAUACAUCAAUGUGCACAUAUUUUUUAUCCCAUAACCUAGUUUAUAAGUAUUCAAACCCAACCCGAGCCCUCGCCCCCAAUUUUUAUUUUAAACGAUUAACAAAUUUAGUAUUAUAUUGCAUGCCCAACCAAACUGUUAUCAGAUUUAUUCGAAUCGACAAAAUCGUACGUUUAAUCGGAUAACGUCUUUUUAAAGUACCGUUAGUCAACUCGCAAGUGUUCUAUAAGAAAUAUAUUUAAGUGUUACUAAUUAAAUGUUAAGCCAAAGGGUAAUAUUUAAAUAAUUAUAUUUUAUACAUAAAAUAAUGAUAAUAAUUAAAUUAAAACCAUCAGAUAUUUUGUAUUACUUAAUUUUCUGUUUAAACGUUAUGUUAGUUGUGUACGGAUAAAAUGAAUAAAAUAACCAUUUUUGCUUAAAAAAAUUAUAUAUUCAUAUAUAUUUUUAAUAAUAAAUUCAUAUCCUUACAAACAAGUUUUGUUAUAACUUUAAACAGAAAAUCAAUCGAUAGAAGUCUCUGUUGUCCUCGGUUGAGGUGAAUUUGUUUUGGAUCGAUACACUUUUGUACGGUUUCCUUGUCGACAGUGUAACGGCACAAAAUAAUAUUACCUUACUGCUUAUUUUAUGAUAUUAUAUGGUUUCAAACAACAAUACAAUUUAUUAAAUUAUUAUUACAACCAACUUUUUCGAACAAAGCCUCAGUAUGUAAUUUGUUUAAAAAAAUACACACAUAAUGUAUUAUAAGUAAUAUAUAAACAUUUUUAGCGCUCACUCUGUAACCGGUUAAGUAGAUAGUAAAUGUUUUAUUUUUUAUUUUAUAUUACGCAGUUACCUCGUCUAUGAUCGAAAACAAUAUUAUUUUUUAUUUAAUAUCGACUUCUUUUUGUACAUAUUUAUAUAUUGUAUACUUAUUAUUUAUUUAGUGUCCUCGUUGUAAACGUUUUCAGAGCUGUACUCCAAAGUGUAGCGUGCAAAUUACAAAACAAAUAACUUGAAUGUAUUAUGUAGAUAGACACAAUGAGAAAAUAGCUCAGUUAAUUACACAAAAAAAAAACACAAUUUAAUAAGUUGUGCUCGGGCUACGAUUUUAGGUACUACUUGAAUAGACUUUUUUUUUUUUUAAUGAACUGUUGUUAAAUUAUUACAUUAUAAAUAUUUGUUGAGUAUUACAUGUUUUUUUUUGUUAACCAUAUUAUGCUAUAAUUAGUCUUAAGGUCAUGUGAAGAUUUUAGAUGUGAUGUAUUGUCUAAGUUAUUGUAAAAUAAAAAAAAACGUUUCGACGGUCGCGCAAAAUAUAUUGUGUUACUAUAUUUUGUGUCGGCGUUAAUAAUAUUUGUACAAAAUCAUUGUGAUUAUAUAAUAAUAUGAUAAUAUUAU